AAUAUUUUAAAAACUGUUUUUUUUUUUUUCAGUCGUACUGAAACUGACACGUUUUUCACGAUUUGCCUGAAGGCGAAAAGCCGCGCUAGGAGGAGUUCAGCGUUGUUGAAACAAAGUAAAGUUGUCUGAAAAAGAAUAUUUAAUAUAUGAAUGCCGUAUUUCCCGACGCCGCAGGCGGUCGCGCCAGUUUGGAGGUGAACGGAGAUAUUUCGGGAACAAAAUGACAUCUCGUGUAAGCGCUAGAGCUGUGGUGGCCGUGUGCGAUCUGCAGCCCAACAGCGCUAAUGUGGCUGUGGUAGGUGUGGUUAUUGGGAAAACAGAUAUGAAGAGCUUUCCUGACAGAAAAAAUAUUGGUUCUGAGAGAUACACUUUCAGCUUCACUGUUAAGGACUCACCAGACUAUUUCAUCAAUGCUUCCUUCUGGGGAACCGGAGAUUAUAUCCAUACGAUGUCCAGUCUCUUCAGAAUAGGCGAUUGUGUUAUGAUAGAAAAUCCCUUAAUCGUCACCAAGGAUCCAGAAAAAGAAAGAUUCUGCCCUGCAACUUCAAGCCUUUACAGAUUGUUGCUGACUGAAAAUCACUCCGCUGUCAAGGUAUUUCCUGAUAGAGAGGCUGAUCCUAGGCUCAUUUCUAUAUUCCACUUGCCUGUGAAAGACAACAGGGAUUUCUUCUCACUGGGAGACAUUGUGGCAAAUGGACAGAGCUUGGAUGGAAAUGUCCUUAAUAUUCUUGCUGUUCUUCAGUCGGUUGGAGAAACAAAAUAUUUCACAACUUCCGAUGGACGCAAAGGACAAAGAUGUGAAGUGAAGCUCUUUGAUGAAACUGUCAUGUCAUUUUGUUUGAUCUGCUGGGACAUGGAAACCGUUAAAUUUGUUCAGUCAUGGAUACCACGAGAGACAGUGCUCUUCAUCGCAGACACACGUGUUACAUUUGAUAGCUUCCGCAAGAGUAUGGUUGCAACUGUUACCUCAAAAACUAUUAUUACAGUCAACCCUGACUCAAAAGAGGCAGAGCUAUUGUUCCGUUAUGCCAAAGAAUUUUCAGAAACUGGAGCACUGGAUGAUCAAGAGCAGUUUGGAGAUCAUGUGUCCUUGGAUUCCAUUAGUGAUGUAUUUACUGUGACUCAACUGAAGCUCAGCAUCCAGGGAAAUGACAAGCAAGACUGCAUCUAUGGAGUGACAUAUGCCUUCAUCACUAUAUUGAAUCUUGAUGCCUCUGUUUCAAAAGUGAUACGAAGCAGAUGUGCAAAAUGCUGGUUUCAGGUAACUGAUGAAAUGCAAAGGUGCAGUAAUCCAGCAUGUCCUGGGAAUCCAAAUCUGGAGAUUACCACAGGAUUUGAUUUAUUGGUGGACAUCACUGACCACACAGGCACGUUGAAGUCCUGCUCUUUGUCAGGCACAGCUGCUGAAAAGACUCUUGGCUGCACAGCUGAAGAGUUUCUACAGUUAACAGAGCCAGAGAAAACAGCUUUGAAAUGGAAAUUCCUUUUAGAAAGAUGCAAAAUCUGCCUAAAGGUCAUGUCAUCUCCAAAAAGCAGAAAUGGCAUUAGAGGAAAUAUCCUGUCCUGUACAUUAGCUGAACCCUUGGAAGUAAGACAAGCCUUAUCAAGUGUUGCCUUGUGAAUAAGAAACAAGAUUCACAACAGACAAGAGUCACCGUUAACUUCUGUUUUACAUUUAUUGAACUCACUGAAUUCCUACUUUAACAUGUUGAGCUUUAUUGUCAGUUGAAAAAAUGUUACACAACAGUUUAAAAAGGGGACUAAUUCUGUAAAACUCCAAAAAAUAAUUACUGCUUUGAGAAGUACGGUUUACAAACAAAAUAUGACACAUUUAAAAUUCUGUUGACAGGCU